AUGAAAACUUCCACUGUCUUAUCUUUACUUUUAGCUGCUGCUACAGUUUCUGCUCAAGCAAAUGACUUCCAAAUUGGUGAAGGUAUUGCCAAGAGAGCAGCAUCCUCAUCUUCGGCAAAGAAAAAUUCGACUAGUUCUUCCAGUUCGAAAUCUAGUGCUAAGUCUAGUUCCAAAUCUAGUAGCUCUGCCACCGGAGCAGCAGCUAGUAGCAAAUCUAGCUCUACUUCUAGUAGCUCCAGUGCUGGCGCUAAUUCGAAUGGAAUAGGAUACGGUGCUAUCGGUGCUAUCGCGGGCUGCUUAUUACUUUAA